CCUAUCCUUCUUCCUUCUCUUUCAUCUUCCUCCCAACCUUUCUUUCUUUCUGCAUCUUCAUCGCUCCGUUAAUGGCGCCUCAGAUCUAUCCCUCCCAUAUAUAAACUCCUUUCCCAAUUUUUGUUCUUCACUAUCAAUCGAAAGAUCUCGAGUUUUUUUUUUUUUUUCUAUAUAAUGUAUAAGCGAGUGUCGUUAUCGUUUCCAGAAGAAGUCCUCGAGCACGUAUUCUCGUUUAUACACGUGGACAAGGACAGGAACUCGGUGUCCCUGGUGUGCAAGUCGUGGUACGAGAUCGAGCGGUGGUGCAGGAGGAAAGUCUUCGUCGGGAACUGCUACGCGGUGAGCCCCGGGAGGGUGAUAAGGAGGUUCCCGAAGCUGAGAUCCGUGGAGCUGAAGGGGAAGCCGCACUUCGCGGACUUCAAUUUGGUGCCGGAGGGGUGGGGAGGGUACGUGUACCCGUGGAUAGAGGCGAUGUCGACGUCGUACACGUGGCUGGAGGAGAUAAGGCUGAAGAGGAUGGUGGUGAGCGACGAGUGCUUGGAGCUCAUCGCUAAGUCCUUUAAGAAUUUUAAGGUUCUCGUGCUUUCUUCCUGCGAAGGCUUCUCCACCGAUGGCCUCGCUGCUAUCGCCGCCUCUUGCAGGAAUCUGAGAGAGCUUGAUUUGCGUGAGAGUGAUGUUGACGAUGUUAGCGGCCACUGGCUUAGCCAUUUCCCAGACACAUACACUUCUUUGGUAUCUCUCAAUAUCUCUUGCUUAUCCUCUGAGCUCAGUUUCUCUGCUCUCGAAAGGCUGGUGACUAGGUGUCCCUCUCUCAAGUCUCUCAAGCUUAACCGAGCUGUUCCUCUCGAAAAACUGGCUAUUUUACUUCAAAGAGCGCCUCAGCUUGAGGAAUUUGGUACCGGUGGCUACACUGCUGAUGUGCGUCCAGAUGUGUUCUCUGAUUUGUCCGUGGCUCUCUCUGGCUGCAAGAAGUUGAAGUGCUUAUCUGGGUUUUGGGAUGCUGCUCCUGCUUAUCUUCCAGCUGUUUAUUCCGUUUGCUGUCGGGUUACUACUUUGAACCUGAGUUAUGCGACGGUUCAGAGUUAUGAUCUUGUCAAGCUUCUUAGCCAAUGUCCUAAAUUGCAGCGUCUCUGGGUGUUGGAUUACAUCGAGGAUACUGGUCUUGAAGUGCUUGCUUCAACCUGCAAGGACCUCCGCGAGCUGAGAGUGUUUCCGUCUGACCCUUUUGUCAUGGAGGCAAACGUUGCAUUGACGGAACAAGGGCUUGUCUCGGUCUCUAUGGGCUGUCCAAAACUCGAGUCGGUUCUCUACUUCUGCCGUCAAAUGACCAAUGAUGCGUUGGUAACCAUUGCUAGGAACCGUCCCAACAUGACCCGCUUCCGUUUGUGCAUCAUUGAGCCGAAAGCCCCUGACCAUAUGACUCUAGAGCCACUGGACGUGGGAUUUGGAGCCAUAGUUGAGCACUGCAAAAACCUCCGGCGGCUCUCCCUGUCAGGGCUCUUGACCGACAAGGUUUUCGAAUACAUUGGGACGUAUGCAAAGAAGAUGGAGAUGCUGUCAGUGGCGUUUGCAGGAGAGAGUGACUUGGGGAUGCAUCAUGUGUUGUCAGGGUGCGAUAGUUUGAGGAAGCUAGAGAUAAGGGACUGCCCGUUUGGAGACAAGGCGCUAUUGGCCAAUGCUUCGAAGCUGGAGACAAUGCGAUCUCUUUGGAUGUCUUCUUGCUCGGUGAGUUUUGGAGCCUGCAAGUUAUUAGGACAGAAGAUGCCAAAGCUCAAUGUGGAAGUCAUCGAUGAAAGGGGUCCGCCGGACUCGAGACCGGAGAGCUGCCCUGUUGAGAGAGUGUUCAUAUACCGAACAGUGGCGGGUCCUCGGUUUGACAUGCCUGGCUUCGUCUGGAACAUGGACCAACAACACUCAACCAUGAGGGUUUGCCAGGGAAAUGGUCACUACUAACAAAUAAACGAGGUACAGUUUUUCAUCAAUCCUUGUUCAUCGUCGCCCAUAUUCUAAUUGUUCCAGUUUAGGAACACGAGAGAGAGAGAGAGAGAGAGAGCUCUCCAUUAAUUUAAUCCUGAGCUGCUUCACAUGACUACCAAGCUAAUGAGCAAUGAAUAAGUGAAGAGAGAGGGAGGACAUAGAGAGAAAGAGAUCCGAGAGACCUUUGUUGUAUGUUUGUUUGUCUUACUUACUGAGAGAUUCUGGUGGGGUAUUAUUAGUUUUGUUCAGAGGACGAUGAGAGAUUUUUUAAGAGACAAUUGUCAAACAUGUAACUGUACUAUUUGUUUGGACUCAUGUUUUUUUAAUCCUUUUCAAUAUGCUUUUUAUC